AUGGCUGGUUUUCACCUACCGCGGGAGAACUUUAUUAUUAAACAGAGUCCAGGAAAAGGACUGGGCGUGUUUGCAACAAGAGCAAUGGAACCAGGAACUGUUAUCAUGGAAGACGCACCAACCAUCCUCAUCCGGCCUCCGAGGAUGCACGAAGGCAUUGGAUACCCUCUUGAUGCCAUCCAGAUCCUAAUCGGUGAGGCCUUCGACGCGCUGUCUGAAGGGGACCAGGCCGAUGUCUUGUCUCUAUCAGCGCACGUACUUCCCGGCGAAGCGGACGAGACAGAAUAUCAUCGGCUCAAAACAGUCUUUCGGAGCAAUGCGUAUAGCACUGGAAAUGAGAUAGGCCUGUUCACAAAAAUUGCUCGGAUCAAUCAUUCGUGUCGUCCUAAUUCAGGUUAUUACUGGACGGAACGGCUGCGUAAACGGGUGGUGUAUGCGACGAGGCCAAUCGCGGAGGGUGAGGAGAUUUCGGUUACUUACAUCCCUCUUCUAUAUUCGAAGUCCGACCGGGAAAGAAGACUAGAUCAGUAUGGGUUCAAAUGCGCCUGUGAGGCCUGUGCCGGACAAUCUGGAAACGCUGCCUGGGCUAGUGAUCACCGACGCCACGAGAUCCGGAAAGGAUUCUUUGAAUUGGAACCGCAGCUGACGCUAGAGGUAGCCAAGACCGUGAUGGCCAGAAAGAAAGCACAGAGGCUUGCAGAGGAGAGUCUAAGGCUUGCAGAAUUGGUUGAAGAGGAGGGUCUUGUGGACUACUAUGCCCAAGCGUAUCGCGUUGCCGCGAUAUUUCAUGCAAACAUUGAGAUGUGGGAGCCUGCGACUACUUGGGCGCAUAAGAGUUAUCAGAUCAGAAACAUGGCGGAUGCGCAAUCGGAGGAGGCGAUUGAGAUGCGCAUUCUUACGAGCAGGUUUAUUGAGCAGUGGAAUGAAGAGCUGAGGAAUAAGUCAAAGGGCCGGCUUUGA